CUCAGUGUUGCUUGUUGCUGUUGUUCAUCAUCUUCAGAACAGUGGAAUAACAUGGCAGCCGAGGGUCGGAGUCUAAUGGAGAGAAUCUCUGCAAGGGUCGGCUGGAGCGGAAAGGCAGUGGGGGAGCAGCAAGCUAAAAAGCUUCUUUGUAAUUCCAAUUUACGAGAUGUGAUGAGCCCAGACCUUGAUGGUGCAUAUAGUCCAUUGCUACAGCCCUGUACCGAGAAAUUGGACCUCUCAACUUCUGACUCAGAAAAUGAUGGCAAACCGAAACAAGCUUCAAAGUUUGGGAUGAAGGAGAUUAAAGAAACAAGUUAUAACAACAAAACUGGAAACAGAAACUUUAAUACUAUUCAAGAAAAGCCAAGAUCUACUGUGGUGAUUUCCGAUUCCAGUGAUGAAGACUUUGAGAACUUUUUAAUAGCACUGAAAACACCCAAACAAGUAGCAAAAAAGGGCAAAACAAAUGGCAGUAUAAAGGAUUUCAUUAUCGAUUCAGAUGAGGAUGAGUUUGAUUCUGUUUUCUCAAAAAACAAAACAGGAUCAAGAGGCAUGAAUGGGCUGCCGAAUUCUACAGUUAAAAUGCCCCCUGCUGCAGACAGAGAUAUGGUGUCUCCCCAAGCCUUUGUAUCUCCAGUGUUUAUAAGUGACAGCGAUGAUGAUGAUUCCAUUGUUAUAAAAAGUACAUGGCACACCAGGAUCAAAGAAAAAAAAGAUGCAAAGUUGGUUAAUGGGAGUAAACCAAAGACUGCCAAGGAGAAGCCAUCACAAGACACAACUAUCAGAGGGUUGGAAAGAAGGGAGCAGGAAGUGAAUUUUUAUACCUCAGAAAGCUCUGAUGAGGAAUUUGAAAGCCUUGUGGAGAGAAUUAAAAAACGAACGAAGGACCAGACACCAUCUUCCACUGCAAGCAAAUCCAUUCGGCCACAGGCUUCUCUAACAGAGCCAACAAAAGUUCCAUGCCUUGAUUUAACGAACAGAAAGGAAAACGGCUCGGGUCGAAAACCAAAAUCACUAAGUAAAAUGCCUCCCAGUCCACAUUUCUCUUCCGACAGAAUUCUAAAAGAAGUCCCUGAUGCAUGUGAAAGACCUCGUUCAGACAGUGUGAAGCUCCCAUGUAAGGUGCCAGACUGUUUCCUUCAAGAUCUUUCUUAUCCCAACUCUGUCUAUGUGAAGAAUUUUAAGCAGAAAAAAGAGGCGCUGACAAGUAGGCUGUAUAGCCUUUAUAAUCAGACUAUUUUUGAUCAGAAGCUUCCUGAGACCAUGGAAAUCAUCUGGAAUAAAAAAAUGAGGAAAACAGCUGGUUAUUGUGUGACGGGGCAAAAGCGCCUCCCUGAGCUGCAGCGGUAUGCCAGGAUUGAGCUAUCUGAGAAAGUGUGUGAUUCUGCAGAUCGACUGAGAGAUACAUUAAUCCAUGAGAUCUGCCAUGCAGCAACUUGGCUGAUAAACGGAGUGAGAGACGGCCAUGGUCAGUUCUGGAGGUUUUAUGCCAAAAAAGCCACAGUUGUCCACCCGGAGCUGCCAAUGGUCACACGCUGCCAUACGUAUGAGAUAAAUUACAAGUACACAUAUGAGUGCUCGCGAUGCAAAAACACAAUUGGGCGCCACUCCAAGUCUCUGGAUACAGAAAGGUUUGUUUGUGCCCUGUGUAAAGGAAAACUGGUUUUGUUAUCAUCAACACGAAAAGAUGGUUCUCCAGCCGGCGGGCAGCUUACCCCAUUUGCAAAAUACGUCAAGGAAAAUUAUGGCUCUACAAAGAAAGGGAUGACUGGAAUGAGCCAUGCAGAAGUCAUGAGGAAACUUAGUGCCGAUUUUUCAUCAAAGACUAAAAUUAGUAGUUGAGCCAAAAGCAGUAGCAUUUUACCCAAAAAUGUGAACUUUUGUUUUAAUAUGUAUGAUGUUGCAUUUAUCAUUAUCCAUCUGUAAUGAACUGUACAUUGAGAAAUAUGUUUAGUGCACUUCUAAAGACCGUUGGUCGUCGUUCUGGAGUGUAUGUUUACAGAAACAUAUGCAGAGUAGUUCCCUUACAGUUAUUUGGUUAUCCUACAACAUUUUGCUCCUGAAAUGUAUGACAAACCCAGGGAAAUCUACCCAUAUUAAAUUGCCCUGUCAUACCAGGUUUCUGUCUUGCCCACAUCUUGUGGAGGCUGUGCCAGGAGGAAAAGCAUUUGGAGCUUGAAGAGUCCCUUAGAAAGUUGAAGACUUGUUUCAUUUCUGAAACAUGUAAAUAUCCUGCACCAUAGCAUUAUGGCUCUGACAUACAUCUGAAACACUGAAUGGGAAGUACCCUACUUAAUGAUGUACCAUAUUUGAAUUGGCACUUGACAUGUGUUUGAGCGGUGGUGUCAAUUCUCUGGCAGCUUUCAAGUCAAUUCUGUUUUUGUUUAGUUUUGUCAUUAAAAUAAAGAAUAUUAACCGUA